UUAUUUCACUUGCUCAAAACGUCUCCUCUCCACGCAAUAAUUCCCCGCUUAAGCCCUCUCAGCAGCCUCCAAACGAAAACCCCAAUUCACUCACCCCAAUAACGUUUCCGAUCUAUCAUCAUCUUCUCCAUAAUCUCUCUGUUCGCGUCGGAAAUUGAGGUAGAUAGUGUCGUGUCGAACCAACGAUCGAGAAGGAAAAAAGCGCUCCAAAAUAUACCAUCGAGCAUAACGAUAUAGAAGAUGGAGUUUUGCCCCACUUGUGGUAACAUGCUACAGUAUGAAUUGCCCUAUAUGGGUCGCCCUUCAAGAUUUUUUUGUUCUGCUUGCCCAUAUGUUUGCCUCAUCGAGAAUAGGGUUGAGAUCAAAAGAAAGCAAAGGUUGGUGAGUAAAGAGAUAGAACCUAUAUUCUCUGAGGAUGACAUGACGAAUGCAGCAUCAACUGAAGCGACAUGCCCAUUUUGCGGUCAUGGUAAAGCUGCUUUCAAAGAAUUUCAGACUCGAUCAGCUGAUGAGCCAGCAACUCUAUUUUAUAAGUGCUUGAACAAUGAAUGUAAGAAACAAUGGCGUGAAGGGUGACUUCAAACAUUUGCCGUAUAUUUUUUUAAUUAAUUGGCUGAGGAUAGAAAAGCUUUCAUUGUAAUUGGGCUUAUAUGGAGCUAAGAGUGUUUGGAUAGUUUUUACAUUUUCGCUGAUAAUUAUCAAAAUGCUGCAUUUUUUUCGCUCUUUA